UAUAUUUUAUUCUAUACAUUAUCACAUUUGGAAAUCACUAUAAAAUAAUAGCUUCUAACUGGUUUAAUUGUGCUCAAAAAGAAAAAUUUUCAGAAAUUCAUAAAUCAGUUAUGAUAUUAAUAGCAAUAUUGGCAUAUUUAUUAAUACAAUCAGCAGGAGUUUUUUCAAGUUCUAGUAGUUCAUUAAUUCCAACAUCAAAUAUAGAAGAUGAAGAAUUAGAAGGAUGUUGUUCUCCAAGCAACAAUAAUGACAGCGGAAGUGAUGUGUGCUCAAUUUGUUUACAAGAUUUUAAUGUACAAACACUUACUUUAACAUGUUGUAAUAUUAAGUAUUGUAAAAAAUGUAUUGUUAAAUGGCUAGAAACAAGUGUUAAUAAAUGUCCUAUAUGCAGAGAAUAUGUACCCAAUUUGUGUUUUACAUGUUAUUCGAAUAUUUAUGAAGAUGGGAAAAAGUAUGUGACAACAUGUUGUAAUAAGGCAUUUUGUUACAAUUGCUUUUUUAAAAUUAAUAAAGAAAACUUUCUUAACGGCAGUUGUCCUUUUUGCAACAUGUAUAAAACAAAAGGUAAACUGUUUGAUAUAAUUAAGUUGAAUUCAUUAUGUAAGGAAUGUAAAACAAAUAUAGGAAAAUAUAGCUAUUCUUCGUUUUGUCCACACGAAUUUUGCAAGGAAUGCUUUGAUCAAAUAACUAAAGAAAACGAUAAUUGCCCAUAUUGUAAUCAACCACUCAUAAAACGAAAGAGCAAUCAGUGCUGUUGUUGUUUCGAGGCUAUUUCUGAUAAAACUGAUACUUAUAAAAAAUGCAAUUCCAUAUUUUGUAAAUCAUGUAUUCUAAGUUCAAUGAAUAUAAAAGGAAAUACGACCUGCUUAUAUUGCUCUAAAGAUGUAAUAACUACUGUAUGUUUUUUAUGUAAAUCAAUCAUUCCAGAACAUAAAAUUAAUAUAACAGAUUGUUGUAGAAGAAGACUUUGCGAUUCAUGUACUAAUCGAUUAGUUACUAUUCUUGAUUGUCCAUGUUGUCACUACCCUCAUACAAUAGGAAGUUGGGUUAAGACCACUUCGUUAAAAAAGAAUCGUUAAAAGUGUAAUAAAAAAUAGGCAAAUAUAGCAUUAGCCAUUUUUGUCCGGAUUUGUAUUCCAAGGAAUGCUUCGAAACAAUAAAAAAAAAUAAUCACAAUUGCGUUUAUUGAAAAUAUUUAAUUUCUAUAAUUAUGUUUUGUUUUUGAAAAUGUGGAAAAAUUACGUACUUAAUUUAAUUUACAAAUCGAAAAAUCUUAAAUAAUGUUAUUACUAUCAUAUUAAUACAAUGAAUUAUAAUUAAUUAUAAACUAUAUUAUAUCCAUAUAUGAAAAAGGUUAUUU